GGUUUUUUUUUAACAAGUCAUCGUUGUCUUCGUCUCUAAAGAAAGAGAGGGGAGAAAUGGCGACGGCGUCGUUCAGGUGGAUAUUGCAGCUUCACAAAGAUGUACCAAAAGCAGCUCGAUUCUACUCGCAAGGUCUCGAUUUAUCCGUCAAUGUCGUCACUUUACGUUGGGCUGAACUUCAGUCUGGCCCUCUCAAGCUAGCUCUUAUGCAAUCUCCUAGCGACCAUGUGGUGAGUGAGAAAGGAUACUCUUCGCUACUAUCGUUCACAGUGACAGACAUUAAUACAACAAUCUCGAAACUUAUGGAAUUAGGAGCAGAACUCGAUGGCUCUAUCAAAUACGAAGUCCAUGGCAAGGUUGCAUCGUUGAGAUGUCUCGACGGUCAUGUGCUCGGCCUCUAUGAACCUUCAUAAACUCAUGCUAAAUUGCUAACACUUUGUUAAACUUACACCACAUCUCCAUGUCUAAGUUCAUUUGUGGAUUUGGUUAAAGUUUUUCCAAUCCUGUUUAAUAAACAGAUCAUUUCUGGUUUAACUAAUCGAAACAUUGAUUAGAGCGUUGAUUAGCCAGUGAUCAGAUUGCUGAUUAAUGGUCUAGACGUUUGAUUUUUAGAAG